AUGGAAAAGGUUUUCGCAAAGUCUAUCGUUAAGCGCUUCCGCCCCAGUGGAAUGGAAACGGCCCGCUUAACCAAUUCCGGCACAGAAGCCAAUAUGCUGGCCAUUGCUGCCGCCUUACAUUUCACCAAGAGGCGAAAAGUUCUCGUCUUUAGCGGUGGUUAUCACGGAGGGACACUGAUCUUCUCUAUGGAUUUGAUGAAGAAUCGGUGUAAUGUAAACCUGCCUCACGACUUCGUUUUCGCACCUUUCAAUAAUAUUGAAGAGACAAAGGCUAUCGUUCAAGCUUUGCCUGCUGAAAGCCUUGCUGCCAUCCUUGUUGAGCCGGUUCAAGGCUCUGGCGGUUGUCGUCCGGCCACAAGGGAGUUUAUCCAAUACUUGCGGCGAUCUGCAGAUGACCAAAGAUGCCUGCUGAUCAUAGAUGAGGUCAUGACAUCGAGGCUUUGUCCGAAUGGUUGCAGCGCCGCCAUGGGAAUCAAAGCUGAUCUCAUGUCACUGGACAAGUUUGCUGGCGAUAGCAUGGCUUUUGGGGCAUUUGGAGGAAGACGGGACAUCAUGGAGGUGUUUGAUCCAGAGAAAUCAGGUCUCCAACAUCCUGGAACUUACAUCAAUAACGCGAUAACUAUGUCUGCGGGUAUUGCUGGCCCGGAGGAGAAGAAUGCCGCGCAGGUGGAGAGACUGAAUGCUCUCGGGAUCGAAUUUAAGACAAGGAUCCAGGAAAUUCUCAUUACACAUGGCAUAUAUGCGCCGCAUCCUGCAGGCGCUUCACGUUCCAUCGCCGAGACCGACAGCUUCAAGUAUCAGACUAUGAUCUGCCCUGAUAGCCCAUCAUGCCCUGCCCACGAGCGCCUCCCUAUCAUCUUUGUCACCGGUUAUGGUGGCAUGGUCACUGUUCGCUUUAGUGGAUUCCAUGCUAAGGAAUUGCAGACUCUUUAUUAUUUCCAUAUGCUUGAGCAUAAGGUAUAUCUCGCACCUCGACAUUAUACUGCAUUGUACUCGGAGCUCCACGAUGCUGAUGUUGACAAAUAUUACGUGUGCAUUCAGGUUCGUGGGCCAAAUAAGAUUGGAUAG